AUGGACCCUGGCCAGCUCCACACCAACACCUCGUGUCAACUUCAUCCCGAUCCCCGAUCGGUGAUCUACCUUCAUCCCCUCACCGUUGCCUCGGUGACCACUGCGUCUCACGGCAGUGAAUCUCUGUCACAUAGCGUUCGUGGUCCAUCUUCGCUCAAAGACUACCGGCCGGACAAGUCCAUGGCAUGGACGAGAUUAAGGGCAUUGACCACUGGCCCGAGGAAAUGCGGUUUCACUCAUGGCGAUGGGGAGGUCAGAACCCGUCCACAGACGAUGGAGGGCCCUACGAUGAGCGAAGCGGAGGCCAGUGAUCCUAUCGUCGGCUCAUGUGAUUCGCUGGAGAUGUCCGGCAGGUCCGAGACCGAGGCAGGAAGCGCUCGCGUGCAAGCCGAAGGAUGUGCGGCGGGCAGAUCCGAUGGUCAACCGCAGGCUGCAAUGCGGCAGAGAAGCGAGGGCGGCGCUAGUCCCGAUGUCGAGACGGCGUCGCAAUCCGUCAUCCUCAGCUGUCACGCCAUCAAUGCUGACGCUAUCAUAUUGACUCUCGGUGCUGCGCCGUCCGCCUUGGAUAUGCUUCGUCGCUCGCUUGUGCCCGACCUUCAAACCCGACUGGACCGUCAACGCCUACCUGGCCAGCUCGGCAGAUCUCCGACGCUUUGCUCGAAAGCACGUUAUCUCUCGGCACGCUCCGAAGAUGGCUCGAAAGGAAUCACGAGGUCGUUCCGCCAUCACAUCCUCUGCCAUCACCCAGAGCUCGCCUCUCUUCCUGAUCCGUGCGCGUUGCGGGUAUCUCCACCCCGCAGCCCACUGAAUUACGUGGCCGUGUUUUUCGCCGCGUUCUUCUCGAGUCAGAAGCAGUUUCUCCCAAGGAUCCGCAUCUUCCGGUUUACGCCUUCUCACCCGAUUGCCAACCCACUCACUCGAAACAGCACAUCCGCAGCUUCUCGUCACAAAUCUCUCGUCACGAAGCCUCGUCUCUCGGUGAAGAUGGUCGCUUCGCCCGUCUCGGUACUCGGCCGCACUGCCGGUGCUCUUCGGACGUCCGGCACGGCGUCGUACACUCGUCAGGCGCUGAAGCUGACACCUAGCGCCAUCGCUCGCACUGCAUCCGUCCGUCGCCUGUCAACCUCGCCAUCGGUAGCCAAAAUGUCGUCGACUCCCUACAAGGUCAUUCACACCACCGAGGCGCCCGGCGCCGUCGCGCCCUACUCGCAGGCGGUCGUGCACAACGGCGUCGCCUACGUCUCGGGCUGCAUCCCCUUCACCCCCGAGAUGAAGCUCGUCGAGGGCGGCAUCGAGCAGCAGACCGAGCAGGCGCUCUCUAACCUCUUUGCCGUCGUCAAGGCCGCUGGCUCCGACCCUUCGCACAUCCUCAAGUGCACCAUCUUCAUGAAGGACAUGGCCAACUUUGAGAAGAUCAACGCCAUCUACGAGAAGCGCUUCGCUCCUUACAAGCCCGCCCGAUCCGCCGUCGAGGUGUCGCGCCUGCCCAAGGACGUUGGUGUCGAGAUCGAGUGCAUUGCCGCUGUCAAGGCCAACCUCUAA